AUGGCGAUAUCGGAUUCCGAGUCGUUCUGCAAUGAUGGCACUGAAGAGAGCUGGAUUAUCCUUACAGGUCUCCCAUGCCUCUUUCGAGAGCAAUUCCCGAAAAUGCCCAAAGAUCACAUUGCACGUCUCAUCUUCGAUCGUCAUCGUCAAAAUGCCUCUGGGGGUUAUUGGCGGAAUCUGAUCAGCAGGCAAAAGGAUACGGGGCGCAUAUCAUGGCCCAUCAAUUUCAAGGAUUACGUCAAAGCUUCUUCCCCAGGCUAUAUCAAGGAUUGCGAAGGAGGGACGCUCAUGCAAACGCUCCAUGCUUCCCCGAAAAUUACCUCAUCUCGAAACCGGGCCUUCCCCGAGGAAAAGCCACACCAUCCACCAGUCGCCUCCGCAGCGGAUGACGGCGCGCUGUCACUCCAACAGAUCCACUCUCCAUCCCUGCGAUCCGGACAACGGGCUGGUCUCCAGACAUGUAUACAUUCACCACGAGAACCACGCUGCGGACCUUCAUCUCAGUGA